UUCUACUUCUACCAGAGAGAACACUCUUGAAUUCAACAGAUCUUCGACCAAAAGGAGUUGUCGAAGAAGAAGAAGAAGAAGAAGACGACGAAGACGAACAAGAAGAAAUGUUGCCGACCGCAGCGAAAGGGCGUACGGCCUCCAAUGUCCGAGCCAAUCCCUUCUUCCCUCAGUACCUCCGACGAAUUGUCAAGUGGCAACAAAUGGAUAUCGAAUAUACUUUUUGGCAGAUGCUUCAUCUAUGCACCUCACCUAAAGUUGUCUAUCAGCAUACAAAGUACCAUAAGCAAACUAAGAAUCAGUGGGCACGUGAUGAUCCGGCAUUCAUUGUAAUCUGCAGUCUUCUUUUGGCCAUUUCUGCUUUGGCUUAUUGUGUUGCAUAUGACCAUAGCACGGCACAUGCAGCUUUUGUUAUUAUUUCAGUAUUGCUCAUCCAUUUUUUGCUUACUGGAGUAGUUGUGGCUACAUGUUGCUGGUUCCUGACAAAUAAUUAUCUUAGAGAGGAAGCUCCGAAUAGUCAUGUGGUGGAGCAAAGGGUUGAAUGGCUGUAUGCUUUUGAUGUACACUGCAACUCUUUCUUCCCAAUAUUUGUGGCACUUUAUGUGUUACAUUAUUUCCUAUCACCACUUCUGCUAGCUCAUGGUUUCAUCCCAGUUUUGCUGUCAAAUUUGCUUUUUAUGGUGACCGUGUCCUAUUAUCAUUACCUAAAUUUUUUAGGUUAUGAUGUAUUGCCCUUUCUAGAGCGGACCACCUUUUUCUUGUAUCCAAUUGGCGUCGUUAUUGUCCUUUCACCUAUCUUGAUUCUUAGUGGCUUCAAUCCGUCAAGAUACUUCAUGAACAUGUACUUCAGCCGGCGGCUAUGAUUCAGCAUGGCUAACGCAUCUGGUCGGCACAUAUAACAUGAAUGAAUUGGGUAUAGUUGAUAGAUCGAAGGAACACAAGGGAUUGCACAACUGCAAAAUCGAUGGAUUCAUGCACAUGUAAAUGGAGGAGGUUAGAAUGACAAGAAGGUUGUUUGUAGGUAUUCUCAUAGCCAGCCAGUAAAAAGCCAACAUGAGUCAUGUGAAGGCCUAAAACUGUUAGUAAUGAAUUUGUUGAUUGCAGUGAUUUUGGCCCCCUCAUCUUCUUCUUCUUCUUCUUCUUCUUCUUCUUCUUGUCAAUCAGUACUCAAGAUUUCCUUCGCUUCGAUUUUUCGCUAAAUCUCUGGAAGCCCCGUUGAGUGUAGUUUAGAUGUAGCAGUUUGAUUUAUAGAUGCAUUCUGUCUUCCAUUUUACUUUACAGUGGAUGCUUUGCAAAAAAGACUGGUUUUUUGUUGA